AACUGUGGCAGCUUGCGACGCGCUGCGCACCGGUACGCAUCGCGAGCGGCGUCGCCGCCGGCACAGGAGCACCGGACGGCACCGCUCGGACCGGGACCGCGCGAGGAGCCGUCGCGGGCAGCGUUUACCGUUGGGCAGCCCCGUGGCACCUGCGCAGCACCAACGAGGAAGGAUGGACGGCUCGCUGGACUUUAGCGUGAGCGGCGACACGUUCCCCGGCGGGCGCACGCCGGCCAAGGCGCCUCCGUUGAAGGAGGGCGCGGAGGUCGAGGCGCGCUACGGCGGCGAAAGCGAGUGGUUCCCCGGGACAAUAAAAGCUGUCAAUGCCGACGGUUCCUAUGAUAUCGACUAUGCGGACGGCGACAAAGAAACGAAGGUCAUCGCCGAGUUCGUGCGUAUGAAACAACCGCCGAAGACGCCUCUGAAGAGGCAGGACACCGAGGACUCGCUCAAGUCGACGCAGAAGCUCAAGCGCGCCGCGUCCGAGGUCGAGGACAAGGAGCGGGCCGACGCGAAGGGCGCUUCAAGGAACCUCCAGAGUGCUGCCCGGGAAUUGGACUCGUCGCAAACUUUGGAGGCGUCCCGAAGCAUGCGCUCUGCCGGAGAAGAGCUCCAAGAACGGAAGAAGCAGGAGGCGCAACGCGAACUGGAGAAGCAGGCUCGCCGGGAACAGGAGCAGGCGCCCGAGGCCAUCAAGGAGGCCGCGCGGAAAGUGGAUGGCGAGAAGCUAUCAGCUUCUGUCGCUGAUCUGGGCCGCAGUGCAUCGAAAUACGAGGCGUCAAAGGAGGACCCGCACGCCUGGAUGUCGUCUAAAAAGGCACUACCGGAUAAAGUAGAGGCGAGGACCUGGUCCGGCCUCGAGGCGAAGGCAACGCCUGAAUUACAAGCAGCGUUACCCUGGGACACGUCAGACAUACCGACGGGCAACAGGCCCGAGGUCGCUCUCCUAGCUGAACGAAGUUUAAGACGAUCUAGAGCACCGGACGCCAUCUCGCGGCAGCAGCGCGUGCUGCUCGCGAGAUCCGUCGACUUUUCGGUACCGAAGAAGAAGCUCGGCCCGAAGUUCGCUACUAUAUCUGCUCAUAGAUUAUCAAAACCGAUUGAUCGUUCUACGGACGUCUACGGAAGAACGGUGAAAGACGUCACGAACGCGGCACAAAAGCGAUUGUUCAAAUUCGCUUCGAGAGAUGAUGCGUUGAAUUGCACGUUUCGACCUCGAUUAGGCAAGGGCGACCCGCUCGGCGAAGAUCAGAAGGAAGAUGAGGAUAAUCCGAACAACUUCAUCCAGCGCCAAGAUGCGUGGGGCCGCAAAGUCAGGCAAGACCGAGAGCACAGGAAAGGCGAGAAGGAGUACGGCUAUGUCAUCGACAAGAAGAUGUGCCCUUCCUGCGGGGCGGUCCAGAAGUACGACGAGAUUGUGAACAAGAGAGACAGGUGUCCCGAAUGCGCGGUGGCCUAUAAGUCGAGUAGUGCGAUCAAGCUGGCGCGCGAACGGGAGUUACUUGGUAGUAACGAUGCGGAGACGUGCGGCAAAUGCGGGGCGCGCCAGACGCUCGAGGAGUUGCUGGACACGCGCGACACGUGUGCCGUCUGUGCGAUCGUGUACGAAGAGCUCGUGAUGGGUGGUGGUAGUGAGGAGGAGGAGGAGGAAUCCGAGAAGGAAUCGGACAAGGAAGAUAAUCUGGAGGAGCACGUCGGCAAGCGGGUGAAGACGCCGUCGGGCAAAGUCGGCAAGAUUUCUAGAGUUGAAGGUGAUUUAUGUUAUGUCGUUCUGGCCAAGGAAGAAGCUGAUGGUGGUGCUGAGGCCAAGGAAGGUGAUGAGAAGCCAAAGAAGAAGGGUUCUGAUGAUGAGUCCGAGGCGAAGGGGUCGGACGGCGGCUCUCACGACGAGGCGAAGGGCGACGACCCCCUAGCUAACGUGAGCCCGACGAAGAAGUCGUCGCGGCGGCGGCGGGAGAAGAGCAAUCUCUCGAGCGACGAGGAGAACGAUGAUGAUGAUGAUGCUUCGGAUGGCAAGGGCGACGCCGAGCAAUGGGUGCGCGAGCAGUGGCCGCUCAUGGGCCGCAAGGGUAAGGAAACGGGCGGUGCAGAAGAGGGCGAGGACGAGUUCUACUUCGACGAAUUGCAGCUUAUCGAGGAGAAGAAGUCCAAGAAGAAGAAGAAGAAGGGCUCGGACGACGAGUACUCCAGUGACGAGGAGGCCAAGCAGGGCGACGGCUCCGACGCCGAGGCCAAGGCCGACUCUGAUGGGGACGGCUCCGAGGCCAAAGAAGAUGAGGAUUCUGUGAAGAGCAAGAAGAAGGCCAAGAAGAAGAAGAAGACGAAGAAACGUAAAGUGGCGAAGCGCAAGGGCCCGCGCACGCUGCUCGGGCGCUUGCGGGCGGACGCGCGCGCGCAGAUGACCCUUGAGGCGCUGUUGCUCCGGGAGCGGUCCAUCUUACAGGCCGAGGCGGGCUUUUUGACUGUAGAAUUAAGGAAGCUGAAGCGGAGGCGCAAGCUCGAGCGCGCGGCGGGGCGCCGCGCGGCCGGCACCAAGGUGAAAGACGCCAUCGACGCCGACGAACGGGCCAUCGUCAAGGCGCUGGACGACGAGCGUAAAGCUGCCAAGGCGGCGUCGGUCUACGAGUCGGACCCGAAGCGGCGCGAGGCGCUGGAGGCGAAGGUGGACGAAGCGAGAGCGCAGCGGAACGCGGCGUUCAAGCACGCCGUGCCGGCGCUCAAGGAGCGGCUGGACUACAACCAGGCGUGCCUCGAUAAGUGUCGGCGGUGGCGGGCGAAGCUCUCGGAGAAGCCCGACGAGCCGCUCCAUGAGGAAGAGGAGGCGAAGAAGGAGGACCCCUUGAUGGAUAAACUCCGGGAGAAAGGAUUGGGCACGUUUAGGGAGCGGUACCAGCGAACCUUGGACGAGACGGAGACGCCGGAACUCCUAGACAGGAAGCUGCGGGCCAUCGAGCAGUAUCGCAAGGAGAUGGAGGGGCAGAUGCGGCGUAAAAAACUACUCACGCAGAAGGCCCUGCGCCAGAAGGCCGAGGGCAAGAGUGACGACGAGGAGGACGUGGACCCGCUCGUCGCGCAGCGCGUCGAGGAUGAAUUAGAAAAACUUGAUACGCACAUGGAGGAGCUGCGCGAGAAGAUUAAGGGCGUGCAGGGCGAGAUCGAGAGUAGGCGGGGCGACGUGCAGCAGCGGCAGGAGAAGCGGUACAAGACCUACGACAAGGCACCGAUGAAGAAGGUCUAUGAUCCGGAGACGGGCGAGACCACCGAAGAACCUCUGUUCAACGCGGACGAGGGCGCCUUCGACAACUUCAUCGAGCGGCGCGAGGCGACGCUGCUGAAGGGCGAGACGCUCGCGGCGCUGGAGUUGCGGGAGCAGUCUCUUCGCAGAUUCGAGGCGGAUCUGAGGAAGCGUACUGCUCGUAAAUUGAGAGCGGAGCGCAAGCGGGAACGCGAGGAGGCGCGGGCUGAGGCGGGUUCAGAUGCUGAGGAGGAGGACGAAGAUGAAGACGAGUUGGCGGCGGCCGUCGAGGACGCUUUACAAGAUAAGCUCCCGGACAUCGAGCAGCGCCUCGCGGACAUCGAACAGCGCAAGGAGGAGCUCGCCGAGUUGGAGGCCGAAAAAGAACACAAGUCGAAGCCCAAGGCGCCCACCAAAAAAGCUUUUGUGGAUGGGCGCAUCAAGGACGUCCCGCUGUACAACCCGAACAAGAAGGCCUACGUGGACCCGCCCCAGUCGGGCUACCUGAACUUCAUGUCGCGGCAGACCGAGGUCGUGGAACGCGCGACGACGGCCCAGACUCUCAAACUACGGGAGACGGCGCUCGUACGGCGCGAAAAGGAGAUGAAGAAGCGGACUAAUCAGAGACGCAACGAGGUCAAGGAGCGGGAGCGCCGCCAAGAACUCGAAGAGACGCGGCGCGAGCGGCGCGAGGAGCGGCUCGAGAGGGAGGAGGAGAGGAAAGAAAGGUUGCUCGAGAUUCAUGAAAGGAACAAGGAGAAGCGCGAGGAACGGGCCGAGCGCGCGAAGGAGGCGCGCGCGCGGAGGAGGGAGGCCUUCCUGCGGGCCGCGGACGCCGACGACGACGGCGCUUCAUUGGACGCGAUCGAGCAGGAGAUCGAGACGCUCGAGAGAGCGUUGGAAGAUCUCCAGGACGAGCGCGAGAAGGUCGAAGAAGAUAGAAGAAAUGCGGAGGAAGACGAACGGGAGGCCCGGGAAGCGGCGAGCCCGGUCAAGCACAAGAACAAGUCGAGACCGUCGGACUGGGCCGAAUUCCUCGGUAGAAGGGAGGAGGCCAUCGAGCGGCGGACGACGCGCGACUCCCUGGCUUUACGGGAGAAGACGCUGACGACGUAUGAAUUGGAGAUCACGCGGCGGAAGGAGGGCAAGGAAAAAGAAAUUCAAGCUAGAGAAAGGCGGCAGAAAGCCUUGGAACAGCGACGCGAGCGUCUGGAGAGGAAGCGCGAGCACGCCGAAGAAUUGCGGGACAAGGUCCUGGCGCGCCAAGAAGAUCAGAUGAAAAAACGCGUCGAGAGGGCCGAGCGGCGCGCGGCGGCCAUCGAGCGGCGGAAAGAAAGGGACGAGGACUACGACGACGACGGCAGUCUCGCGGAUAUUCGAGAUGAGAUCGACGAGCUGGACCACGCGCUGGAAGAUAUAAGGGAAGAACGGGAGAAGGCGCGCGCGACCCGGAAAGCCAAGGUCAAGGAGGAAAGGAGGGUGGAGGAGGAGAUGCGCCGCAAGGAAAAGGCCGCGCAGACUGAAAGAGUGGAUGCGCGGCGUCGUCGUAAGGAGGAGAAGAAGAGAAAUGAGAGGCGAAGACGGCGUCGCGGCCGCGAUAGUGAUAGUGAUAGCGGCAGCGACCGGCGGCGGCGGCGCGACUCGUCUUCCGAGUCAGACUGAUAAGUUACAGUAA